GCACAUGUGCCGAUGACGGUGUUACCUGCGGUGAGGCUUUUCCCUUGUCGUGUCGUUUGCCAGCUGAUGCCCUGUAUACUUGCCAGAGGGGAAGACGUCCUGCCCUGCUCAAGAGCUGUGCUCCUGGCACUUGCACUGCCACAGCUGCGUCCGUUCAAAUUACUGCCGUCUUUGAGGCGAACAGUAAUAACAAGUGUCUUCCAGCCUGCGUUUGUACCUCGCACAACGCUGUCUGCGGUUCUACAUUCUCGCCCAGCUGCAACCUUGAUCCCAAGACCAUCUACACGUGCAACGGAAAGGGUUCUACGCCUAGGUCAAGUCGACAGUGCAGGUACGGAUGCACUGUGCAGGCUGGUGGUAGCUCCUGCUGGGUCAAUCCCUACAGCUGCAUCAAGCCUGGCCCAACCUUCGCAUUCGAGCUCCUAGACAGCUGUAACCCUACAAAAGAUGCUUUGCAUUAUUUAGACGGUACUGACGCCAGACUCCUUGUCAGCAAAAGGUACCCAAAGGGUUGCAGUGAUGGCAAGUGCGUAGGCAAUAUCACCAAGAUCUGCAGUGGUGGCAAGUGCAUAAACGAUACCAC